CCUAACACCAGGUUAAAAACCUCUGCAGCAGGUGCUGUUUGCAAAACUCCGACACCCCAGAGUUAGAGACCUCCCUGGCGCUGGGAGCCAGCAUGUCGGCUGUGGUCCUGGAAAACCGAGGCAUUGGCAGGAAACUGUCUUUCGGGCAGGAAACAAGCUAUAUUGAAGACAAUUCCAACCCAAAUGGUGCCAUAUCACUGAUCUUCUCUCUCAAAGAGGAAGUUGGGGCCCUCGCCAAAGUCUUGCGCUUGUUUGAGGAGAAUGAUAUAAACCUGACCCACAUUGAAUCCAGACCUUCGCGCUUAAAGAAAGAUGAGUAUGAAUUUUUUACCUAUCUGGAUAAACGUAGCAUGCCUGUCCUGGCAAACAUCAUCAAGAUUUUGAGGCACGACAUCGGCGCCACCGUCCAUGAGCUUUCCCGGGAUAAAAAGAAAGACACAGUGCCCUGGUUCCCCAGAAGCAUUCAAGAGCUCGACAGAUUUGCCAACCAGAUCCUCAGCUACGGAGCGGAACUGGAUGCAGACCACCCCGGGUUUAAAGAUCCUGUGUAUCGAGCCCGACGGAAGCAGUUUGCGGACAUUGCCUACAGCUACCGACAUGGGCAGCCCAUCCCUCGAGUGGAAUACACGGAGGAAGAAAAGAAAACCUGGGGGACGGUGUUCAGGACCCUGAAGUCCUUGUACAAAACCCACGCUUGCUACGAGCACAAUCACAUCUUCCCGCUUCUGGAAAAGUACUGUGGCUUCCGCGAAGAUAACAUUCCCCAGCUGGAAGAGGUUUCUCAAUUUCUGCAGACUUGCACUGGAUUCCGCCUCCGACCUGUAGCUGGCCUGCUUUCCUCUCGGGAUUUCUUGGGUGGGCUGGCCUUCCGAGUCUUCCACUGCACUCAAUACAUCAGACAUGGGUCCAAGCCCAUGUACACACCUGAACCUGAUAUCUGCCAUGAGCUGCUGGGACAUGUACCCUUGUUUUCAGAUCGUAGCUUUGCCCAGUUUUCCCAGGAAAUUGGCCUUGCCUCUCUGGGUGCACCUGAUGAGUACAUUGAGAAACUGGCCACGAUUUACUGGUUUACUGUGGAGUUUGGCCUCUGCAAACAAGGAGACUCCAUAAAGGCAUAUGGUGCUGGGCUCCUGUCAUCCUUUGGUGAAUUACAGUACUGCUUAUCCGGUGAGCCAAAGCUCCUCCCCUUGGAGCUGGAGAAGACAGCUGUCCAGGAGUACACGGUCACAGAAUUCCAGCCUCUCUAUUACGUGGCUGAGAGUUUUAAUGAUGCCAAGGAGAAAGUGAGGAACUUUGCUGCUACAAUCCCACGGCCCUUCUCAGUUCGUUAUGAUCCAUACACCCAACGGAUUGAGGUCUUGGACAAUACCCAGCAACUUAAGAUUUUGGCUGACUCCAUCAACAGUGAAGUUGGAAUCCUUUGUAGUGCCCUCCAGAAAAUAAAGUGAAGUCAUGGACAAAACCUGUCAACUGAGAAUCUGUUGAUGGAAAUUCAACUACUUUCAUUUCAUCUGAAAAUCAAACCUUAAUUUGAAUUGAGAGCCUUAAAUCUUGUUUGGAACAAGAUGGAUCAUAUACAAAUAAAUCAAAAAAGUUGAAAUGACAGUAUAUUAAUACAUACCUAAAAGCUUAAUCUUUUGGGGUCCUUUUUGAUUUAGAGAUGGUAAUACCAUACUCUCAAUUCAGUUAAAAUCAAUAGUAUGCACCUUUCAGCAGUUAAUUAAGAUUUGGGACCUGAUUUAUUCAAGCUUCUAUAUAUCACUCAAUGUAAAACACAAGUUUGUCAUUAGAAUUGAACUUGUUGAUUUAAUAUACAUCUUAACCUACAAAGGUAAUUUUCUAUUUCAGUGAACUAUGAUUCUAAUUAUUGUUGUGUUUUACCCAUGUAGAUUUCCUUUAAUUCAAGAGCCCAUUAAAAUUGUUAUAAAGUUUGAGGUUCAUAGCAUUGUAUUGAAGCAUUUAUUAUAUUUUAUUGUAAUCAUACAUACUGCUGUGGAAACUAAUAGAAAUUCUCACCUAACUCCCACAGCUUUCAGUAUCAUCCAGUUAAUUGUCAAGUCCAUUUUGGGAGAUAUUUUGCAGACGUGUGUGAUGCAACAAAUGUUAACUGAAGGCCUGGCUGGUAGAUAUUCAGUAAAUAGUCAUUGAAAGAAUAAGGGAAUAUAUUAUUAAAUGGCACAUCCUCAACAAAAAUGAGAAUUUUAGUUGGGUUAAAAAAGUCUAGUGGUUAUACAAUUUGACAGUUUCAAAUUUAUUCUUGGAGUGAAAUAUUCCUCUCCAUUCCCUUACAAACACAUUAGCUGGAUAAUCUUGUGAUGUGAAAAAAUGAUCAGUCUCAGAUUAUAAGAGUUCAUUGUGAUCAUCUAUGUUAUGUCUGGAUAGUCAACAGAUUUUGACUUCUGUUGCCAGUAUAUUUUACACAAACACGUGAAUAUCUGAGAAACAGUGGGGAAAAUAACAGUGUCUUUGAAGCUUUGCUUUGAAAUUCUUGACCACUUUAACACUUUAUUUUGGAAAUAGUUCAAUCUUAAAAGACUUGCAUAAUAUUUCUUCACAUGUGAUUCUCAGGCCAGCUAUAUCAUCAUCGACGAUAAUUCCUGGGCACAUCCCAGCUCAGUCCAACUAGAAUCUCUGGGUAUGGGGCACUAAGACCUGCAUUUUUAAGUAUACCAAGUGAUUUUUUUUUUUUUUGAUGCCCAGCCAAAUCUAUUGGGUACAUUAAGUUUGAGAAAACUUGACUUCUGGUGUUCAGUUCCGCCACUUGUCAAUUAUGUCACCUUGUAUAAUUCACUUUGGAUCUCAGUUUUACUUGAACAAUAAAGGACUUUAACUGGAUGAAUCAA